AUAGGAGUCAGUUAGAAGGUAACUGUUUAAUUGUUUAUGCGAAGUGUUUAAUUGAUUAAAAGGGAGGCAGCAUAUAGUCCUAACGCAAAAAGAGAAACCACACGUCAGAUCUUUUGUGAGCACUUGGUUGACUGAUUGAUUGAUUCCAGAAAAAGUUCACAGUUUGAGGACGAUAGUGAGGACAAGACAAUUUGAGACUGCAUUCUUUGUCGUUUGUUGAAAUGGCGAAAAAUCAAAAUGCUAUUCCGUCGUGACUAGCUGUCUAAGCUGCACAAUCGGAUUGAAUGAUUGAAAGAGCAACGCCCAUUGAGCAAUCAUAUAGCAUGCGAUUGUCGCGAGAAGAUUAGGUUUUGCCGCCCCCGUUGGCAACCAACACAGAACUAUACUUACUACGGGGCGGUCAGCGGCGGGUCAUCACUUGGAUUCACUAAGUAGCACCAUCUCUCAUGUUCAUGAUUUGCCGCAGCUGCCGACGUGCACAGUGAAUCACGUUUCAUCAGAUUCAUUUCAAGGUCCAAGAACCUCCUCUUCGACCAGUUGUACUGAGCUGCCUUCAAAAAAGCGGUCACGAUGGCGAAGCAAAAGGGAUUGUUCGCAUGGUGCUGCUCUUUCCGGCCUAUGACGCAGUUUUGCUGCGGCUGCAGCCUGGAGUUCGGCGCGAAAUUCAUUAUUGUGGGGAACUUCUUCAUCUCACUUUUCUACAUCGCGGCGGCAGUCAGCUCCAUGAUUCUGAACGUCCCAAUAGUAGGUUUCGGCGGUGACAUGGGCCACCAAGUCUUCAAUGCGGCGUACCACAUUAACGACUAGUAGUUUUAGUAAGUAGGUGUAGUACUACUCUAAACGAGGUAGGAGAAAGAGCAUAAUAAAGCUAAUGGAUGCUUUGAUAUUAAUCGUGAGAAUGGCUCGACGUCGGUUUCGAUGUGUACUUUGUAAUACGUCCCUUCAUCCUGCUCGCGAAUACAUAACACUUAGGUAUUGCCUUUUCGGGAUGCCUUUCAUCGUUGCGGCUAUGUACGGGGUUAUCUACCGGCAAGAACCGCAUUUGCGGUUGUACCUGACGUACUUGACAUUCAGCUUUUUCCUCGAUUUCUGCUACGUCAUUUACUACCUUUUUAUCAACGAUGCGUGCUCGAUGAUGCCCAGCAGCCUGAAAAGCCAGGGGGCAGCUUUUGCAUGCGGCAUUACCCGAUCCUUCGUUAUCCUAUUCUCGAUCACACUAUUCGUAUUUUAUCUAUAAUAUAUCAGUCUUUUGUCGUAUGAUCAGCAUCCAUUCAUCCUGUUUUCUUCACCGUUAAUAUUCUACUGUGAGCAUAUGACUAGUUGUAGUGUUGAAGAUUUACUUUAGUACCCGGAUGUUUGUUCCUUACUCGACCUGCUCGGGCUCUACAACUACAAGACGACCAGGGACAACGACGGACAUCGCUCUUACUUACAUUAAGUACCCGGAUGAACUUAUCGUGAGUCGUUGGAAGCAACAAGGUAGCCAGUCGGCAAAUUGAAUCUCUCCAGAUUUUCCAAGCAUACUGCAUCCACAUUAUCUGGUCAAUGUGCGAGGAUAUUCGCGUUGGUGGCGGCGCUACUGGUUUCGCUGAUCUUCUCGAGAGCUCGAAGAACAACAAAAGCGUUGUCGGAGAAGGUACUAGGUGAAACUCAGGUGAAGAUUUUUGUGCACUCUUUUGGAAGGAACUACAGCACAUAAGAGAACCAUGCAUGUUUCUAUUUUUGAUUUCGCCUACAACUAGAUACUACAUCAUGAUCAUAAUGAGUUGAGCAAAGCGAAUGUGAUGGCAACUCGCAUCAUGAAGCAGGUUAUCUGGCGGCCUACGCGAGCAGUUCGACGCUGGAACAGCAGCCCUUGAACUAUGGUUCGCUCUCAACACCGGGAAUCGGCGGCGGCGUUAACUUCUUCGGUGGAACGCGUCAUGACGUGAGUUACCCACCACAGUCUCAAUAGCUCUCGGCCUCGAUGUAUAGCCAAAGGUGUGACUGUGAGUAAGUAUCCAAAUCCAAGAAAGUUUGCGAAUUGUGAUUACUUGCAUAGAUUUGGCUGUUAUGUAGCUUGACACCGUUGACUACUAUAUGAAUCCAGUACUCGUCUCAUCAUCGCAAUAUUGCCUAGUAUGGUAGAGUGUGCGGUGGAAAACGAAAAGCAGGGGCCAGCAUAGCAAAUGAAUUCACAAGAUGAACAGAACGUUCAGGACUCAGGUUACGGCUCAUCUCGUUGAGCUUCAUGCAUAGGGGACGAACAAGCGCAAGAAGACACCCGCGGGAACAUGCAAAGCAUACGUUGACAUCUCGAUCUCUUUUUUCCGUGUGAUACAGUCAUUUUGAAAUGCAUAUUACUAUUGAUGUAUUGGUUGUUAUUCGCUGAACAACGGGAAGCCAUCUUGUACCGACUUGAUGUACAGCUUUCUGGCAAGUAGACUGACAAGUCCAUAGACGAGCGAGAAAGGAGGCCGUGUUCAAACGAUACGAGCAACGAGCUUUAGUCCUCUACUAGCUAUGAAAUGCAUUACAAGUGGAAAAAUAGAUGUUCUCUCGUUACCUCAAGUUGAGCAUGCUAUUAUUACAAAUGGAAAAAUAGCGUAUAAGUGACAGUCUUGAAAAUACUAGCGUAAAAUGUGCGUCCUCGAGGUGGAG